ACGGACCAACCAGGAGAACGUUGUGACGCUGAGCUGUCUGAUUGGUCGCUUUGGAAUGUGCGACUAGUUUCAAAUUAGUAACGUGCGGACUCGUCGACAGAUCAGCAGCCUGGGCGGAGAGGAGACCGGGGAAUCGGCCUGAGCCGGGUUAAUAUCUUCAAUAUAGCGCUACUGAAUCCAAGCAGAUUUGUUAGCGGUGGAGGAGCAUGGCGCACGUCAUGUCUGACGUACAAGAAAAUUAUUCAUAUGAUGCGCCUAACACGUAUAUUAACUUUGGGGAUUUCCCAGAAGACGAUCAGAAUGCAGAUUCCUGGUUUGAUCAAGUGGCGGAUAAUGAAAACAUCCCUCCAGCAUCAGAUGAGAAUACAGAGAGUUCUGACAUAGGAAACACAACACGGGCACAAACAGCAGAUGGCGUUUUGGGGAACCCAGCUGGUGACAGCACUGACAAGAAACAGCAGAAGACUCCAAAAACACAGGCCAGAAGGUCCUCAAGACGUCUAUCUGCCCAACAGAGAAACAAGCAAAUGGCAAAAAUCAGAGCAGACAGGAAGAAGGUGACCCCUAAACAGGAGGCGCACCCUCCCUUUAAGCGGCAGAGACUGAAUUCAACUAAAAGCAAAUCUUCAGACACCACCAUCAACACUUCUCCCAAGCCGAAGCCCAAGCUGACACAGCCAUCAACCCCAACAGUUCUCAAGAGAAGGAAUAUGUCCUUAAGGGCAAAGACCUCCGAACAACAGGAACUGGAGAUGGUGCAGCAACUUCAGCAGGAGCUUUCAGAAAGACUUAAGAAGAAUGAAGAAUCUCUUAAAUCUGCAUUGGCAGGAGCAGGUCAGCCCUCUAAGAGGAUACCAAUUCAGCCCACGAAACCUGUAGAAAUUCACUUCCACACAGAUGAUCGUAUCAAACGAAAUCAAGAGGAGACAAGUGGGGAGCAAUACAAACAGAUGGACUUCACAUCUGAACUGCGCAAACACCCCCCCUCCCCAGCCCACAUACCAAAAGGAGGUCGCACCAUCCCUAAACCUUUCAACCUGUCUCAAGGUAGUAACAAGAGAAAACAUGAGGAGACCACUGCAGAGUAUGUUUCUACAGCUGAACAAGUUUUGGCUUUUUGCAAAAAGACACCCCAACGCUUCCAUCUGCGCAGCCGGCAGAAGGAGAUGAAAGGUCCAUCACCUGUGAAAAAUGUAAAAUUAAAGCUCACGCACCCAAAGACCCCUCUACUACAGACCAAACAGCGGCAUAGGCCAGUCACCUGCAAGAGCUCUGCCGAACUGGAAGAGGAGGAGUUGGAGCAACAGAAGCAAUAUAAAUUUAAAGCCCAAGAAAUCAACACAAAGAUGCUGGAGGGUGGCGCUAUCCUUCCAAAAAAACCUCCUGUCAAAGAACCCACCAAACCCAUAGGUUUUAAUCUGGAAAUUGAGAAGCGACUGCAGCAACGAGAAAAGAAGGAUGAGGAAGAAGAGGCAUUCACUUUCCAUUCCAAUCCUUGUCCCACCAGGAUUUUGACAGAUGUAGUGGGUGUUCCAGGGAAGAAGGUGCUCCCGACGACCAUACCACAGUCUCCGGCUUUCGCACUUAAGAACAGAGUCCGUGUACAGGCUUGGGAGGAGAUAAAGGAGGAACCUGCACCCAUCAUAAAAGCAACCCAGAUGCCUCACUAUGGGGUGCCGUUUAAACCAAAGCUGGCAGAGCAGAGACAAGUGGAAGUGUGCCCCUUCUCAUUUACUGAACGUGACCAGCAAAGGAUGGAAGAGAAAGAGAGGAAGCUGGAUCAGCUCAGGAAUACAGAAGUUCCUAAAUUCAGGGCUCAGCCUCUGCCUCAGUUUGACCACAUUGCUCUUCCCGAGAAGAAGGUGAAGGAGUUGACGCACCCAGAACCCUUUGACUUGCAGAUAGAGAAACGUGGCAAGCAGAAGUUCCAGCGGUGGAAGCAUCAGAUUGAAGAAGAGCAGAAGGAGCUGAAGGAAAUGACAGUCUUCAAGGCACGGCCCAACACUGUGACCCACCAGGAGCCAUUUGUGCCCAAGAAGGAUAGCCGGAUAUUGACAGACAGCCUUUCUGGUUCCAUAGUUCAAGAAAGCUUUGAGCUGGCUACAGAGAAACGUGCAAAGGAGCGUCAGGAAUUCGAUAAGCGACUGGCAGAGCUGGAGACUCAGAAAAGACUCAUGGAUGAGGAGGAACGAAGGCAGCAAGAGGAACAGGAGAAAGAAGAAAUAAACAGACUGAGACAUGAACUGGUUCACAAGGCCCAACCAAUCAGAAAAUUUAAACAGGUUGAGGUCAAAAGAAGUGACAUUACCUUGACCGUACCCAAAUCACCUAAAUUCUCAGACCGGUUUAACAUCUAGCAUCUCAUGUGGUGUCGGAGCUACGUACAUCACAUCUUGGUGUUCUCAAUAUGUGGGUCAGGUUUUUUUUUUUUUUUUUUUUUUUUUUUUUUUUAUAUGAAGACUUGGAGGAUAAAAGAAAAGUAACUUGUUAUAUAGUGUUGGAGAAUAUGCUGUAAUGAUGUAAAAAACAAACUUGUAAAUACAUGUUUUAAUGUUUCCUCAGUAUUUUUGUUUUUAUUUUAGUUAGUGUACAAUAAAAUGGCAUGAACGGUCU